CUGCUAUAAGUUAUGUUCACGUGACUGUUUUAACUUCGCGUAUCACUAAGAAGGCUGCAGAGGAUAUUUCACAAAGAAAGAUAACAUCAAUAAUGGCACAAAUAUCUGUGGAGAAAAGAUUGCAAAUGUCAUUCGAAGACGACAAUAAAGAUACAAAUUCAGCAAAACGGAUGAAGCCUGGCUCAGUGAUGGGAAAGAGUGUUGUGGUUUUGAGACACAGUGAUGUUACAGUAGGAAUGUCUUCAGUGUUAAUGCCAAAUACCAUUGAAAUGGCACAACUUAAAAAGCCAUUGAAAGGACAAUUUAAAAGAAAUGUAGAGAUUUCUUCUGAGAUGUCAGAGGAGCAUGUUAAAAUGGCACUGAUAAAAAAUUUUCCUAUUCUUGAACAUGAAAGAUUCUGCUGUGCUGCGGCAAGUGAUAAUCGAACAAGAUUGGAGUUUCAUGGUGAGCGUGGUAUCUGGGAUGGUCGUUCCAUAAGAAGGAAGAUAAAAGGCAACUCAGCUCUUUAUAUUUUAAUAGAGAAGGAAAAUCAUCAACAAAGUGAAUGUUCCCCCUGGAUGUCAAAGGAAAAUCAUCAACAAAGUGAAUGUUCCCCCACGGAGUCAGAACUGUCACAGUUGUUAGGGUUAGAUAAUGAUUCUGUUGACCCAGAAGAACUAUCUGCACAGUCAAUAAGUGACACUACACAAGUAGAAAUGCACGGGAGACAUUCUGUUCAUCAUGCUCCUCAAACGGGAUUAGAAAAGCAAGCUGUACCUAGCAAUCCCCUGAAAGAACUAACCAGGUAUCCAGUAGUGGAAUCAGGACUGGCACCAAGAACUGAGGGAAAAAAUAGUGAUAAAUUACAACCAACUGAAGGGCAAUUUAUGCGGCAUGAAACUAUGGAUAAAUUUCCACCUCCGCAAGGCUUUGUUUUGGUGGCUUCUCAACGUGGUAUGUUACCAUCAGUGCAUCAUGCAAGUGUAUCAACAAUUCACAGCAUGACUAAUGCUAGAGAUGUGGUUACCAUGGCAACACCAUCAUUGCCACAGUCCCUUCCAAUGGGUGCCAUCAUCGUUCCUGGAGGAGGUAUUGCUGUAGCUCAGCCGGGGGUGAUAGCCAAUAAUGCUGUCUCCUCAGCAUCCAUGGUGGGUCAUCCUGGACUUGUUGGUGGUAAGGCCAUCUCCACUGCUUCUGACCACCAGAGUUUGGAGAAGACAGUUUUUCAUGUUGCUAAGGGCCAGGGUGCAUGGCAUGCUGGCUUACCGAUGGUACCUCAAAUGAACAUGAUAGUACCUCAAAGGCUAACACCUCAAAUGAACAGCUUGAAUAUCUCAAGUGCAACAGCUCAGCAGUUUCAAAAACAAGGCAUUGCGGCAGAGAAAUCCACUGGGAUGAGGGAUCAGGACACUCAAACUGAAGCCACAGAAACAUUUCAGCAAGCAUUAGCCCCUCCUAGAGCAACGCUGCAACAAAGUGAGAAAAGUUAUCCAGUUGAGUACUUGGAGAAAACAUUGGCACAGGAGGGUGCUAGAUUCAAAUCUCCUGAUCAGUCAAGCCAGUCUCACCAUGAGAAAACAAAUACAUCUCAGGCUAUGGAAAAAGGAGCAGGUUUAAAUUCUGCAGAUGAAGGCAGACAUCAUCACAGUUCAAGAGUGUCAUCUGAUUAUGAGUCGCUGGGAUCAGAUCCAACAGACUCAGGAAUUGAAACGGCAGACAAUAUUGGAGGCAAUAGACUCCCUCUUCUGUGUGAUGCCAUUGCGAUCAUGUCAGCAUUUAAAGAGAAGAAACCAAUUAUUGAGGAGAUCUGCCCAAAGGAAAGUUCAGUCAUGGGGGGAAAUAUGUUCGUCCUGAUUCUGAACAAGCACCUCCCUGGUGACACAGAUGAAGGCUACUAUGCUAAAUUUGGAUCCAGUGCUCCGGUUGUCUUGACAAAAGUAAAUCAAGUCAAUCUAAAGGGAACGAUUCCAGGUAAGGUUUUUUUCUUCCAUUGUUCAUAUUUUCAAUCAUUCCUCGUGUAAUGUACCAUCUUUUGAGCAUAAAAUUCACCAUCUUUAUUCACUUGUCCCUACUCACGAUGACGUCGACAGUGCUGAUUCUGACGUGAAGUAUAUAUGAAAUAAUCCAUAUUUGAACUGCGGUUGUAGAUGAAAGUGAAGAAUGAUC